CGGCCACCAUGAUGAUGAUGUCCCUCAACAGCAAGCAGCCCUUCGGCAUGGCGCACGGAGGUGGCGGCGGCGGCCUCCACGAGGCCAAGUACUCGGCCCUGCACUCCGCGUCGCCGUGCACCUCGUCGUCGGCUGCCUCCGUGCCGUCGGCCAGCUCGCCCAGCAUCUCCAACGCCGGCAGCGGGGGCGCGGGCGGGCGCAGCAGCGCGCCCAGCAGCACCACCAGCAGCAACAGCACCUCGGAGGCCCUGCGCCGCGCCUGCCUGCCCACCCCGCCGAGCAACAUCUUCGGCGGUCUGGACGAGAGCCUGCUGGCCCGCGCGGAAGCCCUGGCUGCGGUGGACAUCGUCUCGCCCGGCAAGAGCCACCACCACCACCCGCCGCACCACAGCCCCUUCAAGCCCGACGCCACCUACCACACCAUGAACACCAUCCCUUGCACGUCGGCCGCCUCUUCCUCCUCGGUGCCCAUCUCCCACCCCUCUGCCCUGUCCGGGAGCCACCACCACCACCAUCACCACCACCACCACCACCAACCCCACCAGGCGCUGGAAGGGGAGCUUUUGGAACACAUCACGCCGGGGCUGGCGCUGGGUGCCAUGACGGGCCCCGACGGCUCGGUGGUCUCCACGCCGGGCCACGCUCCCCACAUGGCCAGCAUGAACCCCAUGCACCAGGCGGCUCUCAGCAUGGCCCACGCCCACGGGCUGCCCUCGCACAUGGGCUGCAUGAGCGACGUGGACGCGGACCCGCGGGACUUGGAAGCCUUCGCCGAGAGGUUCAAGCAGAGGAGGAUCAAGCUGGGGGUGACCCAAGCGGAUGUGGGCUCGGCCCUGGCCAACCUCAAGAUCCCCGGGGUGGGAUCCCUAAGCCAAAGCACCAUCUGCAGGUUUGAGUCGCUCACCUUGUCCCAUAACAACAUGAUCGCCCUCAAGCCCAUCCUGCAAGCCUGGUUGGAAGAGGCGGAGAAAUCGCACCGGGAGAAGCUCACCAAGCCGGAGCUCUUCAACGGCGCAGAGAAGAAGAGGAAACGCACUUCCAUCGCAGCUCCGGAAAAGAGGUCCCUGGAAGCUUACUUCGCCAUCCAGCCGCGUCCUUCCUCGGAAAAAAUAGCGGCCAUCGCGGAGAAACUGGACCUCAAGAAGAACGUGGUUCGGGUCUGGUUCUGUAACCAGAGACAGAAACAGAAACGGAUGAAAUAUUCCGCUGGGAUUUAGAGUCUUUGGAAACCUUUCUGUUUAGAUUUUUUUAAAAAAAAACAAACAAACAAACCCAGAAAAGUAAAAUAAUAAGUAAACACUAACAUUGCAAGGAGACUUUUCUACUUCGAUUUCCGGAAGAGAAAGGAAGAGGCCAGAGUUCAUCAAGAGUGUCACACUGACACACACACACAC